AUGAGUUUACUGAUAAAUGUUUUGUGCGUGUUAUGCGUGGGCUGGACGGACGCGACGUUAGACGAAAUUUUUACAAGCAAAUCAGAUACGAAGGUGAUUAAGCAAGCAGCUGGUAUUGAGUUCAGCAACAUUUCGCGAUCGACCUUGCUUCAGAUACUGUCCGCCAUCGAAGAGGAGAUGCACUUGAGGGAACUGAUGAAGAAAUCAAUUCCGAUGAUAACGGCACAGUUCGCCAAUAACAAAUACACGAGACCUUUCAUAUAU